AUGUCAAAUAAUACAACAUCGUAUAUGCCAUGGUUUUUUGUCUUAAAUAUAUUUACUAAUAUCAUAGCCAGUUGUCAAAUAUUACUUGGACUUAUUUUUAUAUUAAUUAUACUAUGUAAUCGAGCAUGGCAAUCAGUAUCGAAUUGUCUUGCUGCCAACAUAGUUUUUUCAAUAACAUUUUAUGCAAGUACUACACUUUCAAUUUCCAUUCAUAUUUCUCAAUGUGAUAAUCAUCCUAAUCAAUGCACCAAAGAUAGUUCACAUUUUUUUCUUUAUUACAUCAAUGAUGUUGCGUCUACGGCUGUCAUUUAUUCCUUCACUAUACAAUCAAUUCAUCAUCUAAUUGCUGCAAUAUUUGCACAUCAUAUUCGUCUUCAAAUGUAUCAAAUACGUUUAAUUCUUUGUAUUAUUCAAUGGAUUGUUGCGUUUCUUUUUCCAUUCUAUUUUAUUUAUUUAAAUUCUCAACUUAAAUAUGAUUCGAUUAGUUAUGUAUGGGUUGUCUCAGAAAAUUUAAGUCCGUCAUUAACUGUAUAUAUAUUAUUGAUUGGAUUUAUUUUACCAUUUAUAAUUAUUCUAAGUGUUUAUAUAAAAUUAACCUUAUUCAUUGCACGAUUGAGAAGAUCUGCGGCUCUGACAGGAUUAUCAUCAACAUUUUCAAGUAGACAUGAAUUAAAGAUGUCUAAAUAUAUUAUUUUAUUAUUGUCAAUAGCUUUAUUAAGUUUAUUACCAGAAACAAUCUUACAAAGUAUGAAACCACCACCAAUUUAUCGACAUCGUAUUUAUUAUCUGACUGAAACUAUGGUGACAUUCUGUUGUCUUCUUUGUCUGUGUGUUUGUACAGCAGUUGUUAGACAACGAUUGAAUCGAUGGAAAAAGAAAAUAAAAACUGCGUGGCAAUAUCGAAUGGAACAAUCAACUGCUUUUCACCGAAAUCGCUACUGA